GCGGUGUUAUUUUCUCUUGGGAAAACUCGCUACAAGACAGCAUUAUUUUCCGGCGUUCGCCGAAAACCUAAUCUCUCCUAUAAAACCCGCUAGGGUACCCGCCUCCCCAGGGCAUCCUCAGGCGCGCGUCGAUCCGGACCAUCCAAUCGCGGUGCUACGGUAAUUUCCCCCGCUCGUUGCUACAGUAAUUUCCCCCGCCCGCUUUUCACUGCAGCCGUUCGAUGCGGUCAAAUUUUUCCUCACUCGUUUAGCAUUCCAGGGUGUCUAUGACGUGUGGGACUGGAUACGCGCGGGGUCCGGCGGUCGGAGACAGCCGCGGGCGCUCGUACGGGUCAGCCUCCUUCUCCGCGCGUGGGGCAGGGGUGAUACCCAAUCCGCCUUCUCACUCUCCUCCCCAAUCCCUCCUCUCCUCCUCCCGAAUCAGCCGCCUCCUCUCUUCCUCCCAAUCGGCCGCAUCCAGAGAAACUACGGGAGCCCCCGACGGUGGCUGCGGUCGGAAUGGAAAGGGGCGGCGGCGAGAAGGGCAGGCACGGGUGGUCGUCUCGGCGGCGAGGAAGAUCUCGUGGUGGCCCGAGAUGAGAUGAGGAGAGGACAACCACCACCUCCUCGAUGACUCCACCUCCUUCCUCUUCGUCCGUGGCUUCGCCUCCUCGUCCGCAGAGCACCGGAGCUGGCCACGCACGAGCAGGAGGGGACGUAGGUCGAGGGGGCGCAGGUCUGCGUGAUGUCGCUUCUCUCUGAGAUCCAUGGACGCCGGUUCUUCGUUUGGUGCGGGGAUGUGCGGUGGUUCGGCUGGCCGCGGGGGACGAGGGAAGCCUCGGCCACGGCCACAGUCGGCGAGGCCGGACGAGGAAGACCAUGCCACAGCGGACGACUUGCUGCUCCUUCAUCUCCUCCCCUCCACUCAGUUGGGUGGCCAGGAGGUGCAGCGAGAUGUCUUGCACCGGUGAUGCGCAAUGAGGAGAUGGUGGGGACUUGAGGCGUGCUUGCGGCGGCGACUCCCUUGACAGUGCGGUGUCCUUGGUCAGUCCUGGGCGACCUUCCCAGCAACCUCGCCAUCUCUGAUGUGUCCCUAGGAGCAGAAGUCGUUUGAUGAAAAGUUUGUUAAGAUCUGAUGUACCUUCCAUGAUUACUUGGAAGCUUUUUCGCUGCUACCAAUUGUGCUCGAUGCAGAAUACGGAGGUAGGAUUUGGAUGUCUAGACGAUUCACUAACGGCGAGUAGCCACCAUUUGUGUUCGUGGACUGCAUGGCUGCUGCAGGCACAUGAUAGCCAGAGAAGGCUUGGCUAUGGUUGCUUAAAUAUGUUGAUUUCUUUUGGAUAUGUGGAUUCAUUGGGAGAUAAGUCUAAACGUAAUGUGGUGCAAUAUAAAGGCCGCUUUUCUGUGACAUCUGAGAGCGUCGAUCUUGCAAAGGUUCAGGAAAUUCCAUUUAGUACCAUCUCACGCAAAUCACCACAUGGUGUACAGCUAAGAAAAUCUGCAAGUGUUGGUGAUUGGAUUGUGAACGCCAAACCAAUGUCUAACAGAAAUCAACUAAAGGAACUCUGCAAUAGCUCGGUAUCAUCGUCGAUUCUCAUUCCACACCUUGAGAACAUCGUGCAACAGACUACGCUUCAGCAAGAUCUGAUCGUUAACCUACUAAGUAGCAUGCAACAUAAUGAGAAAGCUGACGGUGCACAGUCUGAAAUGUCAUCGCAAGUCCAAACUAUGGAGAGUGAGACAAUGUUUCAAACAGCUAAUACUGAGAAAGAACGGUCAUUACUUGUUAAAAUUUCAGAACUCCAAUCUAGAAUGAUUACUUUUGACUUAUGAGCUGAUUUCAGCCAAGCUAAAACAUGUUCAGGAAGGCAAUGCUCUGACAGUCAAGAGUUCCAGUAAAUGUCUUUUUCAAGCAGUACCCUCUCUAUUAUGAACUGGAAAUUACGUACAUGGGCUACCAAGCAGGCCAUGUGUUGUCUUGUGCAGCUGCAGAAUGUGUUCGGAUAUCACUUGGUCAUUGUUCCUUGCUGGAAGCUAAUAUCAGGCUGAAUUUUCCAUCGCAUGUACAGAGUUUCAGAAUCUACUCUUAGCCAUGAUCGUUUUUCCUGUAUCUCCUUUUCUUUUAUGUAUAUAAGCAACGUGCUUGUUUUUUAAAUCUCAUUUGUUUUAAAGAUAAACACAUGUUCAGGGAAGGGUUCUUAGGUAAUCAAGUGCAUUUAUUAUUAUAGUACUAGCCAAAAAUCCAUCUUGGAUUUAGAUCGUAGCAUUUGCCCUUGUAUUUUUUUCAGUGUUGUUACAUGCUCUGGUUUUCAAAAUUUACAAAUAUCCAGCGAAAGAAAUCGGUCUCGCAUCUCGACUUAUUGUCUAUACACACUUGGUUUCGUGACACAUUUCUUUGUGAUUUGUGUAGAAUAUAAUUCACAAUAUUUUUUCUUAUGCCAAUAAAUAUACGAUAACUCGGACAUUUGCGCCAGUCGGCGCAACGAGUCAUCUAUGAUGGAGAUUUACAUAAUAUAUGUUACCAGAGCACAUGCACAUAUGACUUUACUUCUGGGCCAGUAGCUAAAAUUCAGUCGUUUUAAGAGUAUUCUAUGACAUAAUGAUUUCUAUGAACCUCAUAACAAAUGUAUAUGCAUUUGAUCCUAAUUGACUGUUUCUACAUCAAAUUAUUUUUUUAGCUUGGAGAGAGUGUAUAUCUCCUUUCUGUUGUGAGUUAGCUUGGAGAGAGUGUGUGCCUUUCUUUCUCUCCAGCUGUUGUCGCCUUGACUCCCAGUUUCAUAAUCUAGCAUUCCAUCUGCAUUUCUGAAUGUCUCUUGCAGAUAGCAUAAUUGCAUCAGCCCAAUGAAAUCCGUAGAGGAGGGAUACAUAGUACAUAUUUAGAUAUGCAACAAUAGGUUUAGCUUCUGUAUUAAAAUCUAUACUAGCAAUGUUUGUAUUGUUGUACGACCUGCUCUAUAUGUGGUGGGAUUUUGUAAUUGCUUAUGCUAUGUUCAUGUAUAUAAUAUAAAAUUUGAAAUUUCAUGGUUGAUAUUUUCUUGAUGCUCUGCUAUGGCAUGCAAACUCUCUGCUAAAGUAAAGCUAAUACAUCCCUGACUGUUUUUCAGUCUUCAGCACAUGUCAAAUACAGCAUAUGUGUGAAUGAUUUCCAUGCCUUCAGUGAGUCGCUAUUUCUUGUAUACAAGUUUUGGCUUAUGGAAUUCUAAUGCCUUGGAAAAAAUAUAGACCCAACUUACCUGUAUAGUCGGUAUUCCUAUGAAUUCCAAUGGCUUGGGAAAAAGGCUUUGAUGUUGUUGUUGUUGCUGUUGUUAUUGUUGUAUGAUGUAGAAUUCAACUUUAAUCUAUGUACGGAGCUUGUUGGUGAGUUAGUUGGUUUUCAGGUUAUUUUGCACGGUUCCAGUUUCAUUUUGCACGGUUGCAGUUUCUCUGAACUUGGCAAUG